ACACCCAACCAACCAAACAAUAAAAAAGACAUUUCUGCUGGGUGUUUGCCCUCAGCAUGUCCCAGGGAGCCAUAAUUAUUAACCCAAUUACUCCACCAAUGCCCAGCACUGUGCAGCUGGGCAUUGGUGAAGCAAUGGAGCGGGAGAGCUUCCCCUGGCCCUGUGCAGUUCGUGCUGCUCUUCCUGAGGGCCCAAAGUACAUCUGUACAUCAAUUUUCCUCAGUUUUUGUCUGUAACCAGCACACUGCACAACCUGGGCAGCACAACAACCAGCGCUGUGUGGCUCUUUUGUGGUUCUGUCCACCUGAAGCUCCCUGGACACCUCAGAGCCCACCAGGCCGCCCUGUCCCCUCACAGCUGCCCCAGGCAGGUCCCUGAGGGCUCCCUCAAGGCUGAGGGAGAACCAAGGUGGGAUCCAGACCCCGGCAGCACCUCAGGGAACACCCACGGGGCUCAAACGCUUUCCCCACGUUCAUUUUUGUGUUUCCCGCUUUUUUCCCUCCCCUCAGAGCGCGGUGCCAGCCGCCCCCACUGCCACCGCCUGAGGCGGCCCCAUGGAGGCCAUCCAGGCGUCCUUCCAGAAGGUGGAGAAGAUUGGGGAGGGCACCUAUGGCGUGGUGUACAAGGCUCGCAACAAGCGCACGGGGCAGCUGGUGGCCCUCAAGAAGAUCCGCCUGGACGCGGAGUCAGAGGGUGUCCCCAGCACUGCAAUCCGAGAAAUCUCACUGCUGAAGGAGCUGAAGCACCCGAACAUAGUCAGGCUCCUGGAUGUCAUACACAGCCAGAAGAAGCUCUACAUGGUGUUUGAGUAUCUGAAUCAGGACCUGAAGAAGUACAUGGACUCAUGCCAAGCUGGAGAGCUUCCUUUAAGCUUGGUCAAGAACUACCUUUUCCAGCUGCUGCAGGGUGUGAGCUUCUGCCACUCGCACAGGGUCAUCCACAGGGACUUGAAGCCACAGAACUUGCUCAUUAACGAAGCAGGAGCAAUCAAGCUGGCUGAUUUUGGACUGGCAAGAGCCUUCGGGGUCCCCCUCCGCACAUACACUCAUGAGGUGGUGACUCUGUGGUACCGAGCCCCUGAGAUACUGCUGGGAUGCAGAUACUACUCAACCCCUGUGGAUAUCUGGAGCAUUGGCUGCAUCUUUGCAGAAAUGAUGACCAGGAAGGCCCUGUUUCCAGGGGACUCCGAGAUCGAUCAGCUCUUCCAGAUCUUUCGCACUCUGGGCACUCCCACCGAGGUGACCUGGCCUGGUGUGACCCAGCUCCCUGAUUACAAGGGCAGCUUUCCCCGGUGGCCAAGGAAGGAGAUGAAGGACAUUGUUCCAAACUUAGAUCGAGAUGGGAGAGACUUACUGACGUUGCUCCUGUAUGAUCCCAGCAAGCGCAUCUCAGCCAAAGCAGCUCUCAACCACCAGUACUUCCUCUGCAGAAACUCUGGGAGCCCUGAACAGCCGCCUGUGCUGCGGAGGGACUGCAGAUGACAGGACACAGCUCUCCCCAAGCUCUUGCAUCUCCAGGUAGCACUGCAGAUGUGGUCUGGGGCACUUAGCAGGGGCCUGGCUGGAUCCCAGGGUCUUGCUUCUUUUGAGGAACCUGGAAGGGGACAUUCUUGGCAUUUAGAGACUUUCAGUCUGUUGCUGGGGGAAAGUUUGGGUUACAGCCUGGAGAGCUGUUUUGAAGUGGUCAUUUGCAAAAGGUCAGAAUAAUUUAUCAGCAUAAACCACUGAAAUGUAUAGAAAAGAGUGUUUCUCCAAGGUUUGUUCUUCCACUAGUAAUCUAAGGUGACACACAGUGACUUCUGUCUCCAGCACUGGAGCAUUCCCAGGUCUGUUGGUGGCAGUUGCUGGCACCAGGGAAGGGGAACACUUCUUUGCUGCUGUUAUCAACCAGGCUUCUCAGCACUAAAAAAGCUGUUUAGUCUGAGCUGUUUAAUAGAGCUGACAUCCUGCUCCUCCACAAGCUGAAAAGCACUAUCAGGUGUCUUAGUUUGUGCCUUAGCUGUGACCAAGAAGCCAGAAGAUCCAGUUAGCAUAAAAGCAGAUCCACUUAGGAUAAAGCACUUGCUGCAUAUGACUGGAAACAGGGAGCACCUAAACCACUGGCUUUCCAUCAUCAUUCCAGCUGUAAUGCUGUUUCCCUUUGCUUUAUUGCCUUGGAAAUUUUUUUUGCUGUUCAAAUGUUUGGGGGAUUGUCUCUGACUCUUGGUGUGGUGUUGACAUCUUAAUUCCUUUUUCUUCAGCAUAAAAUAAAUAUCAUUUGUUCAGAAACCUUGGUGUUCAUUGUUUGGCAAAGCCCAUUAGGCUGGUAACACAGGACAGCCUGGCUGGUCCUUUUUUUCCACAGAGCCUUUCUCCCUUCCUCACCUCCUGCACUCUUUCUUUUAUCCUUUCCAGUCCAAAUCCUUGUCAGGUGCAGAGAUGUGCUCUCAGUGCUGUCGUGGGACUGGUAACAAAAGCGUUAAUCCAAUUUCUGCUGCAUCUGUGUACUUUUAGCAAAGAAACAGGGUAUGCAGGAGCUGCUUUCUCAUCAAGGACAGAAGGAAGAUAAAGGGAAGACAUCUGCCUUAGGAAUGCAGCUAUAGCCAAAACAAGAUUAUAGAAAAAACGGAACCUGGGAACAUGGGGAAGGUUUUAUGGUAAUGAACAAUUUUAAUACCCACGCAGUGACUGUAUAUAAGUAACCCCACUUGUAAUGAAUCGUGUGCACGCCAGGUGGAGCUUAUCCCCCGUGCACCAGGCCUGUGGUAACUUCUUAACGCUGCGUUGGUGUUAAGGGGUUUUGUUUUACCUGCUUUUCGGAGAAUUUCGGUGAAAGUUAUUGGCCACCCAGAUAAGGAGCUCACCUCUGAGCCUCGGCGGAUCUGCAGUCGACAGAUCUCCAGCCGGCACCGAGGGGUUCUCGGGGAGAGCCUCGGCCUCAGACCGUCAGGGGCUCGAGGUGAGAUCCCUGGGGUGAGUGAAGGCAUCGUUUAAAUCGUUUAUCUUGGGGUUAUUGACCAGGGGUACGAAUCCCCUCACAGAGUUACUGGUGAGGGGUUUGAGUCACCCAGCAGGGUUCAAGUCUCUUGGAAAGCUCACUGUCUGGGGCUUCGAGUCCCCCAGGACUACUGGACUUCCAGGACUAGGGGGUUCCAGUUCCCUCCGAGGGGUUCCCCUGGAGCAGGAAACUUAAAGCAGUAUUGUAGCUGGCCGAGGAGAAAACAAACAGGCUCGUAAGACCGGAGCCAAAACAUUGCUGUACCCGCUUUGGUGGUGGAGUUUGCUUAGAUACUCUGAAUUCUUUUUGGUCUCUGGCGGUGUGCGUGCGAGUGGGUUGUGUGUUGAUUUCAGUUUGCCGGCCUGUAAAAUCAACACUGGGACGCCUGUGAUAUAAAGCUCAUUAGCUGGAAGAGCGUUGAAACUUAACCGACUGUUGGGGUCUCGAAGCAGUCGGGGGUGUGUGCUAUCGAUUAUUGAUUUUUCUGUGCGCGCCGCUGAAAUCGCAUUUGUGGACGCCAAGCGCCCUCUCGUGUCAUUGCGCACCGGAUUCCCGGAGAGUGGGAGCGGGCGGGCGGGCAGGGGCACCCCCAGUUGCAGCUCCGCCGUUCCCCGCCGUCAUCUCAGCUCGAGGAGGAGGAGGAGGAGAAGAGAAGAAGCCCAACAGACUCGCAGCACAACAGCCCUGUCCCGGCCCGGCGGGUUCUCGCCUGCUCCAGCGCCCGGGCAGCGUCACCCGCCCGCUGCAGCCCAGAACCAGCCGCGGGGGCUCCCCGCGCCCAGGUAAUCGUUGUAUUCGCUUUCUGGCUGUUGUUAUAUACUUGUAUUAUUGAGUAUGGGGGCGGUUUGUUCUAAAACUAGAGUGGGAAAUGAUAUCCCGAAUUCCCCGUUGAAAUGUAUAUUGAACCGCUGGGAAAAGAUAGGGGGAGGCUCGCUACUGAAAUCCAAACUAAUCCAAUAUUGUAACCACUGGUGGCCGCUGUAUAAACUGGACAAUCAGGCGAAGUGGCCCGAGAACGGCACCUUAGACUAUCACACCAUGUUACAGCUGAGGCUGUUUUGUAGAAGAGAGGAGAAAUGGAGUGAGAUGCCUUACGUAGAUCUGUUCUUUACUUUGAGAGACCAUCUGGAAUUACAAAAGGGGUGCCUACCCAGCCUGUCAAACCCUCUCAUGUUAGCUUUUGGAAAGGAAGAGGAAAAGGAUAGGAGAUCAAAGCAAUGUUGCUCCCUUUGUAGUAUUGGGCACCACUGUUGGAAAUGCCACAGCCAAUGGGAGGAGGAUGAUGAUAUAGAAAUGAUAGAGGCACCAGAUGCAGGAGACAGGGGCAGAGAGAAUUGGGGUGUGCCUGAUAAGGGGAAAGCACAAGGAUGGGAUGAGCAGUCAGGGGGGAGGCAAGAGUUAAUUUCAAAUCCAGUGGUGGGGGGAACCCAGGGUGAGCAGGAGGUGAGAACACAAGAGGUAGGGGAGCAGGGGGUGAGAAACCCGGAGUUAGGGGAGCAGGGGGGGAAAAUGCAGGAAGGAGGGGAUCAGGGGGUGAGAAAGAAGGAGGGAAAGGAGCAGGGGGUAAGAAAGCAGGAAGGAGGGGAGCAGGGGGUGAGAAUGCAGAAAGAACGGGAGCAGGGGGUGAGAAAGCAGGAUGUAGAGGAGCAGGAGCUGAGAAAGCAGGAGAGAGGGGAGCAGGGGGUAAGAAAGCAGGAGGGGGAUAAGCAGGAGGCCAUAGCUCAUCUCUGGGCAGGAAUGGGAUCCCACAGCCUGGUAGUGGUGAAGGUACCUUUCUCCCCAGUCGAUCUCGAGGCAUGGAUGAGACUGGCAGGGCCCUACAGAGAAGAUCCAGAGAGAGUAUCUAGAGUAUUUGAAACCAUUCUCAAGACCCAGAACCCGGAUUGGGGGUUUAUACAAGUUCUAUUAGAUACCCUAUUAGACUCCACAGAAAGAGAGAUGGUACUCAGGACUGCUAGGAAAGAGGUGGACAGGGUAGGAACAGCAGGUGCGCUACCAGGAACUGUGGAAGAGCAUUUUCCCUCCCAGGAUCCCCACUGGGACCCUAACACAAAGGAGGGGAGGGUUUUUCUGGGACAAUAUCAACAAUGGAUAUUAUUUGGCUUUAGACACGCAAUGCCAAAGGCAAUCAAUUGGUCUAAACUUUAUGAGGUGAAACAAGAACCAUGUGAGACUCCAACUGCAUUUGUGGAACGCCUAAGGGCAACUGCCAGGAGAUACACGAAUAUUGAUCCAGAAAAACCAGAGGAAGCUGUACAGCUGGCUUCCAUUUUCAUAGGGAACUCAGCACCGGAUAUUAGAAAGAAGUUACAAAAGCUGGAGGGAGCAGAGUCUCGUGACCUGGGUGAACUAUUACAAGUGGCCUGGAUAGCUUUUAAUCAUAGGGGAGAAGAGGAAGAAAACAAGAUCCGGGAGAGAGAAAAGGAGAAGGAGCAGAAAGAAAAGAGACGCGAAAUUGAGUGGGAGGAGCGGAAAAAGAAAUGGGAAAUGGAAAGGGAGGAGAGAGAAAAGAAACGGGAGGUGGAAAGGAAAAAAAGAGAAAGAUGCAGGGAUGCAAUGCUGAGCGCAGCUCUGCAGAGAGCGCUGUUCAAGCGCAGGACGGAGAGGGGCUCUGCCCGCGGAGCGCUGCAGCCCAACCAGUGCGCCUACUGCCGGGGACUGGGCCACUGGAAACGGGAAUGCCCCAAGAACCUGAAAGGGCCCAAGCGCGCCGAGCUAGCCCUCCAUCAGGAGUGAGGGGAACCGCGAGUGAGAGCCCACUGAGCCCCUGGCUACAGCAGAGCUGGGGGAAAGAGAAAAUUUUCUUUCUGAUUUUUUGUUAUAUUAUAUAAACUAUAUAUCUUGACUUAUAUAUAUUUUUAGACUUAUAUAUAUAUUGACAUAUAUAUAUAGACUUUCCAGUAGUUUAUUAUAUUAUAUAAAAAAUAGUUUAUUAUAUGAUAAAUACUUAUUCGGUAUUAAAUAUAAAUCAUGGAAAAUUAAACCAAGGAACUGUAAAUGUUGUUGGUGCAACAGGGAAAGAGGAAAACCAAACAUUCUUUAACCCCAUUAAAUUGGGCAAAUGGUGGAUAACACACCAAUUUUUAUAUAUACCUGAAUGUCCAGCUCCUCUGUUAAGAAGAGACUUGCUGAGUAAAUUGGAGGUGUGGAUUUUGUUCAAACAUGGAGAAAUGCAAUUAUUGGUGCCCGAGACUAAAGCCAUCGAGGCAAGGACUUUAAUGUUGCAGGGAACACUGGAACCAGGCAAUUCUGGAAGAACACCAAAAACAGCAUAAAAUGCAGUAGAACACUCUUGACUUGCACCAGUGGAACUCCAGGCCAUUCCCAACAAGCUCAGCCUGUAAGUGUUACCCUAAAACCUGGAUGAAAACCAGUAAAGCAGAAACAAUAUCUAGGGUGGGAUUUAAGAGUCUAAUAGAAAAUUUAAGGGAAUUUGGAUUAUUGAUAGUAUGUAAGUCAGAACACUCCCAUUUUGCCAGUUAAAAAGCCUGGGAUGAAUACACAGGUUGGUACAGGACCUGUGAGCAAUCAAUCAAAUAUUUCAGGAUAUACACCCUGUUCUAGCCAGUCCCUUUACCCUGUCAACAUCCCUUACAGAAUAUCACCAAUGGUUACAGUGAUAGGUUUGAAGGAUGCCUUCUUUUUCAUACCUCUUGAUGAGCAAAACCAGGGCAUUUUUUCCUUUGAAAAUCCUCAAACUGGUGGGAAGACUCAGCUUACCUGGAUUGUGUUACCACAAAAAUUUAGAAAUAGUCCAACGAUUUUUGGGAACCAACUGACAAAGGAAUUAGAGACCUGGAAAAAAGGAGAACCCUGAAGGGUUGGUCCUGCAACCAUAUGUUGAUGAUAUCUUACUAAUGAAAAGUGCAUGGAAUUGACUAUUAGUCUUCUAAAUUUCCUAGGCCAAGGAGGUUACAAAGUAUUUUGGGAAAAAGCUCAAUUUAUGAGGCAGGAAGUUACCUCCCUAGGGUUUGAAAUAAUAGCAGGACAGUGGAAAUUGGGAAUGGACAGAAAAGAGUCCAUCUGCCAAGUACUCCAACCUGCAAUUGCCUGAGAUUUAACAGCAUUCCUGGCUGUGGCUGGAUGAUGAAGAUUGUGGGUUUUAAAUUAAUGGACUUUUGGUCAUAUCACUGAGCUUUUAAAGGAGAUCCCCAAAGGACCUUUGAUUUGGAUUCCUGAGGGAGAACAUGCAUUUUGUCACCUAAAGAUGGCCCUGAUGUCUGCACCCACCUUAGGACUUCCAGACUUAACAAAGCCCUUUGAGCUUUUUGGGCAGGAAUGACAGCACCUCAUCCUUGGAGUUCUGGCUCAGAAGGUGGGAGACUUCAAGAGGCCUGUGGGGUGCUUUUCAGAACAACUGGACAAGGUCAGUCAGGGAUGUCCCCAAUGUCUGCGAGCUGUGGCAGUGACUGUUCUCCUCAUCCAAGAGGCCAAGAAAUUGACUUUGGGACAAAAGAUAGUAGUGCACACUUCACACAUCAUAACCACUUUUGUUUUGUCAAAAAGAGGGGCAUUGGCUUUCCCCAAGCUGUAUGCUGAGAUAUCAAACUGUUCUAGUGGAGCAAGAAGAUGUGGAAAAUCCCCAGUGGUAAAUCCAGCCCAAGUCCUGAACAUCCCGAUGCAAGAAGAGGAGCAGCUGACCCUCGAAGGCCUACACACAGCUGAGCAAGUUUGUGUAAGCUGACCAGACCUACAAGAUGCACCAACUGAAGAUCCAGAGUUCUUCACAGAAGGAGGUAAUUUGGUACAAGAUGGAAAAUAAAAAGCUGGCUAUGCCAUAGUAACACCAGCCAAGGUAACAGAAGCUGCACCACUGCCCAUGGACAUCUCAGCACAACAGGCAGAGCUCAUGGUCUGUGAAGAUCCCUGGAAUUGGCAGCAGGAGGAGGAAUGAACAUGUGGACUGGCUUGAAAUAUGCUUUUAGAGUUGCCCAUGGAACCAUAUGGAAGGAAAGAGGCCUAUUAACAGCACAGGGAUCUCUGAUCAAUAUACACAAGAAAUGUUGUCCUUCCUUGAUGCCACCCAGUUGCCCAGAGAAGUAUCUGUACUACACUGCAAGGCACACCAGUGUGGGGAGUCCCAAAUUCUUGUAGGAAACAGACUUGAAGAUACAUCUGCACAAGAGGUUGCACAACAAGGCAUCCUGGCAUUAACACCUAAGAAAGCUGUUUCACUCCCAGAAGUUAGCCCUGGGUAUAGUCAGGCAGAUUUAAAAUUAGCUACUUACCUAAAAGCCCAGAAUAGAGAGGGUGGAUGGCUGGGAACUCCCAACAACCAGAUCAUAGUCCCACCCCAAAUGAUGUUGCAAAUUGUCAAGGAGAAAUACCAGCAAACCCACUGGGGAAUCAGUGCUAUGGUGACUGGUCCAAGGACUCAGAUACCAAUGUCCCUAUGAAAAAAAGUGUCAAGUCUGUUACAGAAAAAUGCCUGAUAUGUCUUAAAAAUAAUCCUUUGAAUUCAAAAGGACUGCCUCUGUGGAUCACUAAUAGAGGAAACACCCCCAGGAAUUACUGAGAAAUUGUUUUUCCUGAGCUACCACAUCAUGCUGGUAUCUCCUGGUGUUAUUUAGUGGACACCUUUUCCAGGUGGCCAGAAGUUUUCCCCUGCUGCACCAACAAGGCCAGGAAAGUCACCAAGGUACUCUUCAAAGAGAUCAUCCCCUGGUUAGGAGUUCCUAUUGGGGUGUCAUCUGAUAGGGGACCCCAUUUUAUACCUGAAGUGUUGCAGCAACUGGGUAAGCAGUUGGGAUUUACAUCCUCCAUGGGGACUGCAAUCUAGCAGAAGGGUUGAGUGAACGAAUCAGAUUUUAAAGAGACAGAUUGGCAAAAUGUGUCAGGAAACUUUCUUAAAAUGGCCACAGGUGUUACCACCAGGCUUGCUAUGAGUUAGAGUAAGCUCCAAAUUAACCUGAAGGUGAGCCUGUAUGAAUUGGUGUUUGGGAGAUCAUAUUCUGCUGCAACUUUCUCUGGAUCUGAGGAACAAAUUGGGAAUUGGGAAAUAGAAAAAUAUUUAAUUUUGUUAGGGAAACCCUUGAAUGAACAAAAAAGGUUUGUCAUUCUCUCAGAACCCCUUACCCUAGACAGCCCAGUUCACUCAUUUCAGCCUGGGGAUCACAUACACAUCCAGAUCUGGAAACUUGAGCCACUUCAGGAGCAGUGGAGAGGACCUUCUCUGGUUCUGUUGACUUCAAGACCAGCUGUGAAAGUGAAAAUAAUUAACUCCUGGAUUCAUUGCUCCCAAAUUAAGAGGACUUCUGACUCAGACUGAAUCGUGGAAAACACCAGACCCUUGCAGCUGAAAGUGUUGAAGACAUCUGCAAAUAAGCAGCAAAAUGUAUAGACUAAUGUUCAUGGGAAUUAUUUUAUCUUUAGGUGGAGAUAAAAGAAUUUGAAAUUAUUUAAAUGUGAAAUUAUUUUAAAUUAUUUUAAAUUUGAAAUUAUUUUAAAUUAAUUUAAUUUUUAAAAUUUUAAAAAAUAAUUUAAAAUUAUUAUAACGUUUUUCUGAAGAAAAUUUGAAGAAAAUUUAAUAUUGAAGAAAAUUUAGUUUGAAAGAAAAUGAAGAAGAAAAUUUAAUAUUGACUUGAGUCCAAGGGUUUGGUAAGAUGCACAAUCUGUCCAGCAUUACAGACUGCCUCCCUAUCCCCAGUUCAGCAGGGGAACCUAUUCCUUGGGGAAUUAUCCCUAUAAAUCUGUCAAUGGUGAUUCAAUAUGAUAAUCUGACAUUACAAAAGAGAAAGGCCUUAGAUCUAUUGCUGGCCAAAGAACAAGGGGUUGUGGAUAUUUAAAAUUGGAUAGAGAAUGUUGUUGUGUACACAUCCCAAAUGUAACAGAAGAUCUCCAAGGACCACAAAAUGUGAGCAGUUGCUGAGGAUAGCAAAGCUAUCCUGAAAUGAAUUGGUUCAAUAAAAUUCUUCAAGGAAUGGUGUGAUGGUCCCUGAGAGGAGGGCUGGCUGGAAUACUGGAAACAUCUUAACUGUGAUUGUAGUUGUAAUAAUUAUCAGCACUGCUAUUGGUUGUGUUUGCAAAAUGAUCAGUCAUGAUCUUGUGGGAAUAUAGGUGACUAUAGAUAGAAAUCGAGUUGGAACUUAUCAAAUGGCCUUAAGGAAUUUGAGAUGUUUCAAAGGGGGGAAUUGAUACCAAAAGGGUUAAUCCAAUUUGUGCUGUGCCUUUGUACUUUUAGCAAAAAGAAACGGGGUAUGCAGGAGCUGCUUUCCCAGCGAGGACCUAUUGAAUUCCUAAAACAUCUGGCUUAGGAAUGCAGCUACAGCCAAAACAAGGCUAUAAAAAACCCUGAACCUGGGAGCCUGGGGAGGGUUUUGUGGUAAUAGGCACUUACAAUAUGCAUGUGGUGAUUGUAUAUAAGCAAUGUCCUUGUAGAGAAUCAUGUGCACAUUAGGUGGAGCUUGUCCUGUAAUAAAUGAUGCCUCUUCUUAACACUA